CUGUCUCGUUGAUAGACAUGUUGACGAUCAAAAGGGUAGCGACGGUCGUUUCCAAUUACCAGGAAGAUUGUUCUGAAACUGUAGAAGUUGGCUGCGGUCGUAAUUGCCUUGGAAACUGUUGCUUACCUGUAUUAAAGCUACCUCUAUAUGCCAUCAAGAAAGACAGAGAGGGUUCAACCGGAGAUAAUUCGGCGAAUUCAUCAAAGGAACACCCACAACCGACAUGUUUCCUCCACAAUUUGUUGCUGGGAGAAUGGGAAGACCGAAUGAACCGAGAUCUUUUUCGCUACGAUGUAACCACUUGCGAGACAAAAGUUAUUCCCGGUGAAUAUGCAUUUAUAGUACAGCUCAAUGAGGGCCGUCACCUCAAGAAACGCCCCACUGACUUUCGUGUUGAUCAAAUUCUUCAGCCUUUUGAUGAUAACAAGUUCAAUUUCACCAAAGAAGAAGUGCUCUUUGGGAUUCAACGAAGCAAUGACUUCACCAGCCAUUACUUCCCCAGUGCCCCUGUCUCGGCUGAUUUAAACUCACUUAGUGUCGUUGCUAUCAAUGUGAGUCCGAUAGAGUAUGGACAUGUUCUCUUGAUACCCCGUCUUCUUGUCCGCCUGCCACAAAGAAUUGAUCACGAGAGCUUCUUGCUAGCUCUUUAUCUGGCUAAGGAAGCCGCUGAUCCAUUCUUCAGAUUGGGUUACAACAGCUUGGGUGCUUUUGCUACCAUUAAUCACCUACACUUUCAGGCAUAUUACUUGCCUUUGCCUUUCCCAGUUGAGAAAGCUCCAACUUCAAGAAUAGUUACUGUGAAGCGAUUGCAAGAUAGAGGAGUUAUGGUUUCUGAGCUAAUGAAUUAUCCAGUGCGAGGUCUUGUCUUUGAAGGCGGAAAGUCAGUGCGGGAUCUAUCUAAUGCAGUUGCUAGUUCUUGCAUUUUCCUUCAGAACAACAAUAUCCCUUUCAAUGUGUUGAUCUCUGAUAGUGGUAGAAGAAUAUUUUUGUUCCUUCAGUGUUACGCGGAGAAACAAGCACUUGGAGAAGUAAGCCAGGAGCUUCUAGACACUCGAGUGAAUCCUGCAAUUUGGGAGAUUAGUGGGCAUAUAGUAUUGAAGAGAAAAAAAGAUUAUGAGGAAGCAUCAGAGGAAUAUGCGUGGAGACUUCUUGCCGAAGUUUCUCUCACAGAAGAAAGAUUCCAGGAGGUGAAGGAUUAUGUCUUGGAAGCAUCAGGAUUGCAAGAGGCGAACAUGAAGGAAAAAAACAUAAAUCAAGAGGAAGAUUCUCUUGAAAAGCUACGUGCUGCUCACGCCUCAAAUUUACCUCAAGACUGUAUGGUUUAG